AUGACAGAUAACAAUGAAAACACAUUGGACCUACCUGUCCCACUGGGAUUCGCCGAGGCUCCUCCCGCUGAAGCGGCCGUGGCGGAAACCGCUCCCGCUGCAGAGGCACCUGCUCCUGAAGGCCCUGCUGAGGUAGCUGAUCCCUCCACUGAUGCUCCAGCUGAGGCUGCUCCUGCUGAAGCUGCACCUGUAGAAGAGCCACCUAAAGCACCAACACCACCACCUACAGCAGUGCCCACAAGUGCCCCUCAGAACCUCAGUGUGGAUGAUGUCAAUGACACCUCAGUCACUCUUAAGUGGAGAUCCCCGGAGAAUAUUGGCUCUGGGCUGGAUGGAUAUACCGUGGAAUACUGCAAGGAAGGAUAUCGGCCCAAGAUCCGCCUGCCCCGUGUCCUGAGAUCAAGAUGCGUCAAGCAUGUUGGAGAACAGAUCAAUCUUGUCAUCCCGUUCAUUGGCAAACCUAAACCUGUGAUAUCUUGGACCAAGGAUGGCCAACCUUUGGAUACAAAGAAGGCAAACAUCCGCAACACCGACAAGGAUAGCAUCCUGUUCAUCCGCAAGUCUGAGAGAGAAGACUCCGGCAGCUAUGAGAUGACCGUGAAGGUCGACAGCUUCGAGGACAAGGCUAACCUCAUAAUUCAGAUUGUCGAUCUGCCCGGUCCUCCUGCUUCUGUCAAGCUAGUUGACUCUUGGGGCUUCAAUGCAGCUCUGGAAUGGACCCCUCCCAAAGACAACGGCAACACUGAGAUCACUGGAUACACCAUUCAGAAGGCCGACAAGAAAACUGAAGAGUGGUUUACGGUUCUGGAGCACUUCCACAGGCUGAACGCUACAGUCUCUGACCUUGUGAUGGGAAAUACAUUCACCUUCAGAGUUUUUGCAGAAAACAAGGUUGGAAGGAGUGAGACUGCUGCUGUAACAAAAGGUGCUGCUCAUAUUCAGAAAACAGGUAUUGUAUACAAACCACUGGAGUACAAGGAGCACGAUUUCAGUGAGGCUCCCAAGUUCACAGCACCUCUCAGCGACAGAGCUGCCACUGUGGGCUACACCACGAAACUACUAUGUGCAGUGCGAGGCAGUCCAAAGCCUAAGAUCGAGUGGCUUAAGAAUCAGAUGAUCAUAGGAGAUGAUCCCAAAUACAGGCAGAUCAACAACCAGGGAGUGUGCUCACUUGAAAUCCGCAAACCAUCCAGCUUUGACGGUGGCAUCUACACUUGUAGAGCCAAGAAUGCCCUUGGUGAGGCUACAGUUGCCUGUAAGCUAGAGGUCAAACAGGUGAUCAUCCCAGAUGAAAAAGACAGGAAAUAAAAUUAUGUGCACAGUUCUCCUGCUGAGGAGCAGCAGCAACACAAUUCUGUAGAAUGACAAUGAUGUUUACAGUGGUGUGGGAAGAUGAGCUGAUGUGUGCACACUAAUGAAGGCUCUGACUUGCUUCUGUGAUUAAUUUUGAAAUUUUGGAUUGGUUCCCAUUUUGCUUCAAAGUAGCAACACCAUAUUAGUGAGCUAAAAAGAGACUUUUUAGUUUUAUAUUGUUGCAUGUAUAUCAGGUGUCACUGUAGUUUAUUCCUGAA